AUGGCCACGGAGCAGCUCACGGCGGAGCAAGUGCUGGCGCACGUCGAUCAGGCGGGUGGUACGAUUGAUGACUCACGUACACUCUCGCCCGUGCAGCCCCUGACGCUGGAGGAGCAACUCCAGCGUAUUGAGAGCAGCACGAGCGACGAGCAAGACAAGCAGGCGUUGCAGGAAGAAGAAGCGGCGCACAAAGCUGCUUCAGCGUGGCAGUUAUCGCUGCAGGGUAUUCUACUCUCGCUACAGAGCAAGGAGAUGGUCCAGUUCACAAGCAUUGAGAAGCAGCCCGUCUAUCUCACACUCGAUGGCCGUCAGACGGUGCGUCUUGGCUCGCCAGAGUACCGUCUAUGGUCGCUGCUUCCAUCGUCCGGUGAGGGUGUGGCCCAGGCUGAGCUGGAGUCGUCCCUCGGUAAGGAUACGUUCAAGCUCGCGCAGGCGCGCGCGUUCCGCAACAAAAUGGCUCGCCGACUGCCUGACGGCACAUUCGCACGUUCGGAGGCGUCGCUGACGGAGCCUAUCCAGGAUGAUGCUAAGACGGAGCUUUUGGAGAUUGCAAAGACGGGUACGCUGAGUGGUGAGGGGGCCGACAAGAAGUUGGCGGAGCUGAAAAAGCGCAAGAUGAUUGCGCAGCGCAAACUUCUCUACUUUAGCGUUACCAAGGGCCCUCAAUUCGCCCUUCAGGUUCAAAAGCUCGAGACAGAUCUGACAGCAGAAAUGCUUGCGUCCGGCUCGUGGAAGAAGGCUGCUUUCAAAAAGUACAACUUUGAUGCCGAGGGUGUGUUGCCGCCUGCAGGUGCGCUGCAUCCGUUGCUCAAGGUGCGUGAAGAGUUCCGUCACAUUUUCUUCGACAUGGGUUUUACGGAGAUGCCUACCAAUCGGUUUGUGGACUCCAGUUUCUGGUGCUUCGACUCCAUCUUUGUACCGCAGCAGCAUCCAGCGCGUGACGUGCAAGAUACGUUCUUCGUGGCCGACCCGCCCGCUGCCAAAGAGGUGCCGGAAGACUACCUGAAGCGUGUGGUCGAAGUGCACGAAAAUGGUGCAUAUGGCUCGAUUGGCUACCGCUACCCCUUCAGCCGCAGCGUGACGGAGAAACUGGUGCUCCGUACUCAUACCACAGCUGUGUCGUCGGCUAUGCUGCACCAAAUUGCGAACCAGCCGGAUGGCUUCAAGCCCGCGAAGCUGUUCUCCAUCGACCGCGUAUUCCGUAAUGAAGCUGUGGAUGCGACACACUUGGCCGAGUUCCACCAGGUUGAGGGCGUAGUAGCUGACUACGGUAUUACCUUGGGUGACUUGAUUGGCUUUAUGCAAGUCUUCUUCUCCAAAAUGGGGGUGAAGAAUCUGCGCUUCAAGCCCGCAUACAACCCGUACACGGAGCCCAGUCUGGAAAUUUUCUCGUACCACGAAGGCCUGAAGAAGUGGGUCGAGAUCGGCAAUAGUGGUAUGUUCCGUCCGGAAAUGCUUCGUCCCAUGGGCCUACCAGAGGGCGUAAAUGUCCUCGGUUGGGGCCUGAGUCUCGAGCGUCCAACCAUGAUCCGAUAUGGUGUCAAGGAUAUCCGUCAUCUUGUUGGCCACAAGGUGCCUCUGGAGAGUGUCGAAAAGGCGCCGGCGGUCCGUUUCUAA